AUGAAGACAGCUGCACAGGACUAUGGGAAGGGCUUCUGCGGGCUUCUUCUGCGCAUGUGCGGUUCUGCGAACGUCGCCUACCUUGUCUGGGAAUUCCGGAUGGUGCAGACACCCGCGCGCUGCUCCUCAGAUCCUGCUCCUGGAUUGUGCUUCCCUGAAGCUAUGCUGUCAGAGUGCACUAUGGGUUUACAAGAUCAACAAAAGGUGAAUAAACCUCUGGAGUUGGUGUCAUUUGAGGAUGUGGCUGUGCACUUCACUUGGGAGGAGUGGCAGGACCUGAAUGAUGCUCAGAGGACUUUGUACAGGGAUGUGAUGCUGGAGACCUACAGCAACCUGGUGUCACUGAAUGUCCAGAUAGAUGAUGACCUAGUGGAGAGGAACCAAGAAAGUCAUGGUAGAUGCUUGCAGCAGAUUGUAAUUACCAACAGCAACACACCACUUGAGGAUAGAGUUGUGUUAGGAAAAUCAUUUUAUUUGGAUUCAUGUCAUGUUUUAAAUCUGAUUAUAAAUAAUGGAAACUAUUCAGGGAAGGGACAUGAGGAGUUUUACAAAUGUCAGAAUGCACUUCUUCCUAGAGAGCCUGAUGAGGUGCCUACUGGAGAGAAACCUGAUGACCAUCAUAUAACCGGAAAAUUGCCCAGACAUCAUGAGCAUCUUAGCCAGCAUCCCAAUAUUCAAACUGAGAAGCAGCCUUUAGAAUACAGUGGAAAAGGGAAAUCCUCCAACAUAAAGCCAAUAAUAUUUACACAUAAAAAUAUUCAUAUGGAUGAGACAACCUAUAAGUAUAAUGAAUAUGGGGAAAACUGUGGUAAGUCAGCUGUCAUUGCCCAAGAAAUGGAUCAGGUAGAAAGGAAAAAUUUUCAAUGUGAUGUGUGUGGAAAAAUGAUCUGUGAAAAAUGUAAACUCAGUAAACAUGAGAUUAUGCACACAGGAGAGAAACACUGUAAAUAUACUGAUUGUGAGAAAUCUUUUAUUAAGAAAUUAUACCUUACCUCACAUCAGAGAACACCUACACAGGAGAAUCUUUAUGGUUGUAAUGAACAUGAGAAAAUUAUUUGUCAGAAGUCAGCCCUUAUAAUGCAUCAGAGAAUUCACACAGAAGAAAAGCACUAUGUAUGUAUUAACUGGGGGGAAAGCUUUUGUGAGAAUUCAUUCAUCAGCCAUCCUGAGAGGAUUCACACAGGUGAAAUACCAUAUGGAUGUAAUGAAUGUAUAAAGUUUUUCUGCCAUGAGUCUGCCCUCGCUAUAUGUCAGAGAAUUCACACAAAUGAGAAACCAUGUAAAGUAUAUAAAAAAACGUUCUACACUAAUAAAUGUGGUAAAGCUUUUCACCAAAAAUCACACAACAGCAGCCAUCAGAGAAUUCACACAGAGCUGCUGCACGAAUCACACUUGCGGCUGCCUGAGGCAAGGCCACCCCAGCCAGAGCAGCUGGAAGGCAGGGAGCAGUUUCCCAAUGGCAGCAGUACCCCAGGUCUGCCCUCUCAAAAAAUUCAGUUCUCCUAG